AUGUCUUCCUACCCCGUCUCCCAAGAGGAGAAGGACAAAGACCGUUCUUCCAAAUGGCAGAUCAUCAAUGAAGAAUACGAGUUCUAUCCCAGCAACACGUCCAACAACGACAUCUACAUGGGCCAGCUGGGCGACCACAUCGUGAGCGCCUUCUCCACCAUGGCGUUUGCCCUGCCAGGGCCGAUCGGCGCCCUGGCUUCGGCGGGCAUCUCGCUUGGCUGGUGGCUCGUUCGCACAGACACACAGUCGCACCUCCAGGACACGACAUACAAGCUUCUGGCCGAUAAUAUCAAGAAGCAAGGUCUCGCACAGGAGGUCAUGGACAUGAACCUGACGCUGAAGGAGACCAUCUCGUGGCUGAAGGAUCGUGAGGCCGAUUUCAAGACCCCGCGGCCGGAGUUGAAGGAUCUGAUGCAGACCGACUACCUAGCCUGGCUAGUCAAGCAGUCCCAGCCAGACGGAGUCCUCGUCAGCAUCCUAGACAAACUCCUCUCCCGCUGGACCGGCUGGUACGACCACGACAUCGAAACAACCAUCAGCCUCGCAAUCACCUGCUUCUUCCUAUGCUUCAACCGCCGAUGCUGGAUCUACGCCAACUUCGCGCGGCAAGCCCACACCGAGAUCGCCGAAGCGACCGUCGUAACCCCGGAGCUGAUCGCCCAAUACAACCGGCACAUCGCCGAGCUCCGCGCAACAGCACACAUGAUGCGCCUCGAAAUCGACCGCCGCACCAAAGAAAUCAGCGACAAAAUCACCACCAUGAAAGCCGCGCGCAAAACCUCCAUCGGCCCCCUGCACCAGGUAAGCGGCGAGACACAAACGGUGGGCUACUUCAUCGACGAGCUGGACUUCGAGCCGUCGGCGCUGAGCAUGGUGGAGCCCGUGUUCACGCGGCACUGGUGCGUGCGCGACAACACGGCGCAGAAGACGGUGAAGUUCGUGGAGGAGGCGCGCCUGCCCACGGGGCAGUUCCUGCUGUGGUCGACGAACUAUGCGUGGCAGGAUAAGCGCGGACGGGGGGAGCAGCUGCAUCGCGAGUACCUGGACCGCCUGCAGCGGCAUGUCGAUCGGCAUUUCGUCCAGGCGCCGAAGAUCCUGGCGGUUUGUGCGAGGUAUCUUGCUGAUGCGGAGAAGUUGAUGAAGCCUGCGGAGGAUCUGGGCGCGCCGCGCAUUUUGAAUCUCGCUCCAUCGACUACGACUCCGUCCAACACGCAGGUUGCGUAUCGCGUGGUCAUCGAGCAGCAGGAGGGAGGCCAAGCCAUGGUUAAGACACCCUGGACCGAAUGGACCGAUACCGCUGGCUUCGACGGGCAGCCGAAAUUGCUCAUUGGCAAUGGGGCUGCGCCUGCGGACGCAAGAUGCCACGUCUACCGGUUGGAGAGGAAGACGGGCGAUGAUAGUGUCCGGCUUGCGGACGAGAUUGCCGGGGAGCUCGUCGAGACGGUGCAGUGUUUGGGGCUGCGGAUUUGGUCGGAUAAGAAGGCGCCGUUGGCUAAAUUGUAG